GCCGCUGAGGAGAGGCUUCUCAAGAACCUGUUUGCCCACUACAACAAGCUGUCCCGGCCUGUGGCCAACACCUCCGAUGUGGUGCUGGUCCACUUUGGCCUCUCCAUCGCCCAGCUCAUCGACGUGGACGAGAAGAACCAGAUGAUGACGACCAACGUCUGGGUGAAACAAGAGUGGAAUGAUUAUAAACUCCGCUGGAACCCAGAGGAGUACGAGAAUGUCACCUCCAUCCGCAUCCCCUCGGAAAUCAUCUGGAGGCCUGAUAUUGUGCUUUAUAACAACGCUGAUGGUGACUUCGCGGUGACCCACCUGACCAAGGCCCACCUGUUCUACGACGGACGCAUCAAAUGGAUGCCGCCGGCCAUCUACAAGUCCUCCUGCAGCAUUGACGUCACCUUCUUCCCCUUCGACCAGCAGAACUGCAAGAUGAAGUUUGGCUCGUGGACUUACGACCGUGCCAAGAUCGACUUGAUCAGCAUAGCCAGUGAUGUGGACCAGAUGGACUACUGGGAGAGCGGCGAGUGGGUGAUCAUCAACGCUGUGGGCAAGUACAACACCAAGAAGUACGAGUGCUGCACCGAGAUCUACCCCGACAUCACCUAUUACUUCAUCAUCCGCAGGCUGCCGCUCUUCUACACCAUCAACCUGAUUAUACCAUGUCUGUUGAUCUCCUGUCUGACUGUCUUGGUCUUCUAUCUGCCCUCCCAGUGUGGCGAGAAGAUCACCCUGUGUAUCUCUGUGUUGCUGUCUCUCACCGUCUUCCUCUUGCUCAUUACCGAGAUCAUCCCGUCCACCUCGCUGGUCAUCCCGCUCAUCGGCGAGUACCUCCUCUUCACAAUGAUCUUCGUCACCCUCUCGAUCAUCAUCACCGUCUUUGUGCUCAACGUGCACCACCGCUCGCCGCGCACACACGGCAUGUCGCACUGGGUGCGCCGGGUCUUCCUGGACCUGGUGCCUCGUGUGCUUUUCAUGAAGCGGCCACCGGCCACCGCCAAGCAGAACUGCCGGAAGCUGAUUGAGAUGAUGCACCGGACCAGCUCCUCGACAGCAGCCAGUCAGUCGCAGUCUUUCUGGGCCGGGGUGGAAACGGGGCUAGGACAGCUAGGACAGCUAGGACAGCUGGGACACACACUGCCUGCCACCCCCUCUGACAGCUCCAACAUCCUAGCCCUUUCCACUUCACCAUCUCCCUCUCCUACCCAGGGCCUGCCCUUGGAGGAGCACCCCCUCAAGGCCCCCCAGCUCUUCUGCCGCUCCCCUUCCAGCCAGUACUCCAUCCUCCUGGAGGAGCCUGGCAAACUCGGGAACACUGCCUCCCCUUUGUCCUGCUCAACCCACUCCUCCACUCCGUCAUCCUCCCCCCCGUCUCUGCCGCUGGGUCCCCUGGGUCCAGUUCACUCUCUUCCCCGGGACGAGCCACAAAUACUGUCCCCCAACGGGCGGAGCCACAGUGUAGAGCACGUGUUUGACCACCAGAGGGAGCCUAACUGGGAGCCCCCCCAAAGGGUCGGGCACCGCUGCCGCUCCCACAGCUUCCAGUACUGCUGCCUGCACGAGGAAGGGGGUGGGGUUGCUGGUGGUGGCAAGGGCCGAGAGGCUGUAGGUGAAGGAAGGCUAAAGAGACAGGUUCUGCUAGACCAACUAGCUAGAGCCUCCUCCACAGAGCCCACUGUUGAUCUAGUGAUCCGGGAAACUAUGGUCCCCAGAAUAUCCCCGUCGAUGAGAAGGGCCAUAGAGGGUGUGCAGUACAUCGCUGACCACCUCAGGGCAGAGGACGCCGACUUCUCAGUAAAGGAGGACUGGAAGUAUGUGGCCAUGGUCAUUGACAGGAUAUUUCUCUGGAUGUUUGUACUAGUGUGUAUACUGGGAACACUGGGACUAUUCCUUCCUCCUUGGCUGGCUGGAAUGAUCUAG